CUCAGUACUGCUUCCUGGCUUUAACCACAUGCUGAGAGCAGAAGAAGUGUCACACAUGAACCGGCGGACGACUUUGAUACCUGCCUCGACUCCAUUGUGGAUAUUUAUUGGUCUCUUGCUCUAAGUAAUAGGCUUUUAGUGUUGAAUGAAGUAGGCGCCCAGGAGGGUAACCCCCCCAACCCCGCCCCCCAUUCCAUCUCUUGUGUGUGGGAAGAAGAGGAGCAGGAUGAUUGCAGCCCAGCUACUAGCCUACUUCUUCACUGAACUCAAGGAUGACCAGGUUAAAAAGAUCGACAAGUACUUGUACUCCAUGCGCUUCUCCGAUGAGACGCUACUGGACAUCACGCAGCGCUUCCGCAGGGAGCUGGUCAAAGGAUUGCGCCGCGACACCUGCAGCACGUCAUCUCUAAAGAUGCUGCCGACAUUUGUCCGCUCCAUCCCCGACGGCUCAGAGAAAGGCGACUUCAUUGCUUUGGAUUUGGGAGGAAGUGCCUUCAGGAUCCUUCGCGUCAAAGUCAGUCACGAGAAGAAGCAGACUGUUCAGAUGGAGAGCCAGAUCUAUGACACACCAGAGGACAUCAUGCAUGGGAGCGGAGCAAGAUUAUUCGACCAUGUGGCAGAGUGUCUGGGUGACUUCAUGGAAAAACAAAAGAUUAAAGACAAGAAGCUGCCAGUUGGGUUCACCUUCUCCUUCCCUUGCCAGCAAACCAAACUGGACGAGAGCACUCUGUUAACGUGGACGAAGCGCUUCAAGGCGAGCGGAGUGGAGGGCAUGGAUGUCGUCAAGCUGCUCAACAAAGCCAUCAAACAACGAGGAGACUAUGAAGCUGACAUCAUGGCUGUGGUGAACGAUACCGUCGGAACCAUGAUGACGUGUGGCUUCGACGACCAACGCUGUGAAGUCGGAAUCAUCAUCGGAACUGGCACCAAUGCGUGCUACAUGGAGGAGCUUCGUCACAUCGACCUGGUGGAGGGCGACGAAGGCAGGAUGUGUGUGAACACUGAGUGGGGCGCAUUUGGAGACGACGGCUGGCUGGAGAACAUCCGGACGGAGUUUGACCGAGAGAUUGACCGAGGUUCUCUCAACCCCGGCAAACAGCUGUUUGAGAAGAUGGUUAGCGGAAUGUACAUGGGCGAGCUGGUCCGUCUCAUUCUGGUCAAGAUGGCCAGAGAGGGUCUGCUGUUUGAGGGAAGGAUCACUGCUGAGCUUCUUACUAAAGGGAAGAUUGAAACCAAGCACGUUUCUGCCAUUGAGAAGAGUAAGGAGGGAUUAACCAAGGCCAAAGAGAUUUUAACCAGACUUGGCGUAGAGCCCUCAGAUGACGACUGCUUCGCCGUUCAACAUGUUUGUACCAUUGUGUCUUUCCGCUCUGCCAACCUGAUAGCAGCGGUGUUAGCGGGCAUCCUCAAGAGACUCAAGGAGAACAAAGGUGUGGCCCGACUGCGCACCACUGUUGGCAUCGACGGAUCUCUCUACAAGAUGCACCCACAGUAUGCCCGUCGUCUUCAUAAGACAGUCCGUCGGCUAGUCCCGGACUCUGAUGUGCGCUUCCUUCUGUCAGAGAGCGGCAGUGGAAAAGGAGCCGCCAUGGUGACGGCCGUGGCCUACAGACUCGCCGAGCAGUCGCGGCAAAUUGCACAAACUCUGGCGGAGUUCCGCCUCAUGACUGAUCAGCUGCUGGAGGUAAAGAGACGAAUGAGGACUGAGAUCCAAAAUGGCCUUUCGAAGGCCACGCAGGAGUCCGCCACAGUCAAAAUGUUGCCAACUUUUGUGUGCAGCACUCCUGAUGGCUCAGAAAAUGGCGAUUUCCUGGCUUUGGAUUUAGGGGGAACCAACUUUAGAGUUCUGAUGGUCAAAAUUCGCUCUGGGAAGAAGAGAACAGUGGAGAUGCACAACAAGAUCUAUGCCAUUCCCCUCGAAGUGAUGCAGGGAACAGGAGAGGAGCUGUUUGAUCACAUUGUGCAUUGUAUAAGUGACUUCCUGGACUACAUGGGAAUGAAGAACGCUCGUCUUCCUCUGGGCUUCACCUUCUCGUUCCCCUGCCUUCAGACCAGCCUGGAUGCUGGCAUCCUGGUGACGUGGACCAAAGGGUUUAAAGCGACAGACUGUGAAGGAGAAGAUGUGGUGGGACUUUUGAGAGAGGCCAUUAAAAGGCGAGAGGAGUUUGAUCUGGAUGUCGUGGCUAUAGUCAAUGACACAGUGGGCACAAUGAUGACCUGCGCGUACGAGGAGCCCACAUGUGAGAUUGGGCUCAUUGCUGGCACCGGCAGUAAUGCGUGUUACAUGGAGGAGAUGAAGAACAUUGAGAUGAUAGAUUCUGACAAAGGACGAAUGUGCGUCAACAUGGAGUGGGGGGCCUUUGGCGAUAAUGGAUGCCUAGACGACAUCAGAACGGAAUACGACCACGCUGUAGAUGACUUCUCUCUCAAUCCAGGAAAACAGAGAUAUGAGAAAAUGUGCAGCGGCAUGUACCUCGGCGAAAUAGUGCGGAACAUCCUAAUAGAUUUGACCAAGAGGGGCUACCUCUUCAGAGGGCAGAUUUCAGAGACGCUGAAAACCAGAGGCAUCUUUGAAACAAAGUUCCUCUCUCAGAUUGAGAGUGACAGAUUGGCAUUACUUCAAGUGAGGUCCAUCUUGCAACACUUAGGGCUGGACAGCACUUGUGAUGACAGUAUCAUUGUCAAAGAGGUAUGUGGAGCAGUGUCACGUCGAGCCGCUCAGCUCUGUGGGGCAGGAAUGGCGGCAGUGGUUGAUAAGAUCAGAGAAAACCGUGGAUUGGACUAUUUUAACAUCACCGUAGGGGUGGAUGGCACGCUCUACAAACUACAUCCACACUUCUCUCGGAUCAUGCACCACACUGUCAAGGAACUGUCCCCUCACUGCAAUGUCAACUUCCUGCUGUCGGAGGACGGCAGUGGCAAAGGGGCAGCGCUCAUCACAGCCGUGGGCGCCCGGUUGAGACAAGAGAUCAACACCUAAUAACUGUCGCAGUCUUCUUCUCUUGACUUCUAACGGGCCCCUCCAGUGUUCUGCCCACUCCUCUGUCCCACACUCCAGGAGCGGCUUUAUUGUUUCCAUAUUGAAGAACGAUAACUAGCACAAUCACCAAAAACAAGUAUAACAUUAUAAAUGGUCAUAACUCAUGCUUUAACUAUAAUAAUAACACACUCCUGCAUGCAACGUUGCUCUGUUGUGUGUAAUGUUGCCACCCUCAGGAUUUUCCUAGUGACUGCAGGGUGUCUACAGGAAUAUACAAUGUCUCACUGCAGUUGCAAAGGUGCAUCAAUGUUCCUCCAUGAUGAUUAGUAGCUACAGGGUCCUUAAAAUAUAUUUUGUACCAAAGUCAGCAGAAUGCAUCUGAAAAAAGGAAACACGAUAUGUGAAAUGGAAUUCUGUUGUCGUUGCUUUAAAGCUUUUAAGAUGUUAUUCCAGUAUAAAAUAUAUUUCACAUGUAGCGUUGUUAUUUAUUUUAUUUUUCUAUCCAGAGAUGAUUAAACGCUACAAUAAUGAUGCAAACACACAGAAAAAGAUGUUGUUUAUAAUCAGCUCAGUCCUGUAAACAUGAACAUGGAACAAACAUCUAAUCUCUGCUAGAGAAACAUGCUGACUAAAUGUGCUUGUGCUCCUAUUCUAUUCUAUUCUCUUCUAUUCUCUUGUACUCUACUGUAAAAUAUGUCCAAAGAAUACUUGUAUUUUGCGAAGUAUUUGGACCAAUCCAGGUAUGCUACUGCCUACGCUGCGUGAAUCCAUCAGUUAACAACAGCAAUGAAAGUGCGUGAAGCGCUAUCAUGCGUGUCAGUUGGAGCACCACUGGCCCAAAUCUGUGGAAGAAUAUUACACUUGCUGAAACUUUAAUCAAUUUGACUCACUCUGCUGAGGAGGCUUUUAAAUGUUCUCUCUUCCUGUAUGAUAAAUGCUCCUUAAAACUCAGGAUGAAGGUAUCUAAAGUAACAUCAUUCAAUUAUUUUUUUUAUUUUUAGGUGUACCAAAAAGCAAAUAGUCAUGCAUGAGUAGGAAAUCCUUUCCAAGUUGACUCCUGGCGUCCUUCAGGGCUCCAUCUUAGGUACACAGCCAUAUGGGGUUUAAAAUGUUAUGAUGUUGGCAAAUCCGGUUGCACUCUGACACUCUAUUGUCUCAAUAAGAACAGUUCUUGAACAUUCUUGCAUCCCAUAUGGUGUUUUGGGAGAACAUGUACAGUAUUACAAAUGUAAAAAUUAAUGUACCUUUGACAUAGGAGACUUACUGACAUCCCUGCAAUGUACAAGCUUUUAGAGUAGACAACGCUGAUUAGUGUUAAUAGUACAUAAGUUAGAAAUCUGGUUUAUGUGGGCAAGAGAAUCUCAAAUACCAAUAAGAACUCUAAUGAAUGGCAGAGGAAACACUGUUUUUUGCCUAAAUAAAUCACUCCAUUAUAACUGUCAGUAUCUAUCGCAUAAACACUUGAAUUGCUUUGCUCUCUGUGUCCAACACUGUCAAUCCUUCACUAAAUAAAAUCAAACCGAUGUCAGAAUGA